CCGCCACCACGCCAUAUUCUUAAGUAGAAAGCACCGCUCCACCUGCCCUAAUCCUCAGAUAUGCAUUGAUUAAUGCCUAACUGUUUCAUCCAACAACAAAAGGGCUUAUGUCAACAAGCACUGCAUCGGCUUGUUGAUUGGUCCAAUCGAUAAUGAUUCUCAACGUCGCGCGAUUAACUCCUAGGUUACCACGGCCAGGCUUCCGAGCGUUCACAUCAACAACCGCAUGGCACAACCAACGAGGACCUCGCGAUUCUCUACGUAGACCUCCUCCAGUUCAGCGACGGAUCCCUCCACGAAGAAGAGCGUCCGAGGAACCGAAUAAUAGCCCCUCCUCAGCUAGUGAUUCGGCGGCUCCAAACGAUUCCCAACCGAAUCCCGAAGUCUCAAAGAAUGAGGCAGUUUCGAAUGCGCUUGCAGCAAUACCAAGUUCAGAAAAUGAUUUGGUGACACCGGUGCAUAUUCCCGAAGACCCCAAUGGCGUUCUCAAAGAGACUCAUCCCGCUAUGCGUCUGCUCGACAACUCCGCGAUAGUUAUUCAACGGCAAUUAGAAAUGAUGAACGUCCUUAUGGGGUUCGAGCAAGCAAAUCGCUAUAUAAUCAUGGAUCCGCAUGGGAACCACAUAGGAUACUUGGCAGAGCAGGAGCAUGGUGUUGGCAAUGCAAUAGCCAGGCAGAUGUUCAGAACACAUCGGAGUUUCACAACGCACGUCUUUGACAGGGAAGAGAAAGAAAUACUACGAUUCCAUCGCCCUUUCAGUUGGAUUAGCUCUAGGAUACGUGUUUACGAUGCUGUUAGUAAAGAAGGAGGCUAUAGCACUUCUGAUGCUUUACGAGGAACGAGUACGAAAGAGAUAAUCACGCAAGCCAAUGCAAGCAUCUCCAAUAUUCCUCUUUCGGAAAUGCGUAUAAUCGGCUCUGCAGAGCAGGAAUGGGCUCCCCUACGCAGGAGAUACAAUAUAUUCCUCGCAAGGGAUUUGAAGAACAUGGCUGCAGACCCGAAAACACCGCAGCUGGCGUCAGGGGAUCUUCCGCUCUCAAAUUCGAAAGCUUUGGCGGUUGCAGAGGGAGACCCACGUGAAAUUGGCAUGUUGCAAUUCGCUCGAGUGGAUGAACCGUUUCUCUCCUGGGAUUUCUCCCUUAUGUCACAAGACAAUUACCUAAUCGGAUCAGUGAACAGGAACUUUUCAGGCUUCGCCCGCGAACUCUUCACAGAUACCGGCGUGUAUGCCCUAAGGAUGGAUGCUGCUGGUCUCCAAUCCGAGCCUUCUCAUCUCAUAUCUCACUCCGGAGAUCGUGGAAAACCUACACUUGAGGGUCACCAAGGAAUGACCUUAGAUCAACGCGCUUUGAUGUUAGCAACGGCCGUCAGCAUAGACUUUGAUUACUUCAGUCGCCAUAGCGGAGCAGGCGGUGGGAUGUGGCCGAUGUGGAUUCCUUGGUGGGGUGGAGGAGCUGCUGGAGAAGCUGGAGCUGUAGGAGCUGCCGCAGGAGAAACUGGAAUCGCUAGUGAGGCAGGAGCUGCAGCUAGAGGUUUGGGUGCUGGUGAAGGUGCUAUUGCUGGAGCCGGAACCAUGGCUGGCUACGAGGCAAUGCAGCGAUCUCAAAGGCCUCAGGACGGCUUUGUCGGAGAUGACGCAUCACCACAAUCAAUGGAUUCUCUUGAACAACAGCAACCAAGCCAACAAACUGAGGAAGUCUGGGGUUCUCAAAAUAACCCAUGGGACAAUGGCAAGGAUGAUGACUUCUGGGGAGGAGGCGGCAGUGGCAGUUCGUCAGGGGGCAACAGCAGUAGUGGUGGUGAUAGUGGUGGAGGAGACGGAGGCGGCGGGUUUGACAUAGGAGACUGGCUAUGAUCCUGAAUGCCAGCGACUACUGUAUUACUAGAUGUUAGAUUCACUCUACUAUUCAUGAAUUAAUGCUCCUAGGCGUAACAUGACGUCGAAGCAGAGAGCUCUGAUCUGUUACUAAGGUAACAAAACUACUCCGAAAUGUUACCAAUCGGCCUGAAAAUUUUAUGGGUUGAGUCCGUU